GCAUCGCGAGUAACUUCAUCAUCCAGCACCACAGGAGGAACCUGUUGACAGCAGAAGAAACUCAACACAAACUCUAUUCUUUAGGCUCAAAUGUGCAGAAGUGUGCGCUGAACGCGACCGCACGCUGAGACGCGGAUUGGAGCAAAACUUUUCCUCACUUUCAGAGAAUCAGGAGCAGAAAUGCAUGGAGAGAGGAUGCGACUUUUACUGGAACAACAUCUAAACUGCGAUAUUACGCAGAACUGGCACUGACAUGCAGAGCUGAGCAGCGCAAUAUUGCAUUUUACGCAUGCAUGGCACACAGAGAGCCGCUAUCUACAGGUGGACUUAUUGAUCAUCAGGGGUCGAUAGACUAAACUAAAUGUGAUCUACUCGUGAGAUGAUCAAUAGCUAUAUCGCAGGUUGGGUGGAAAUAACGUGACAUGAUGAAGGUGUUCUUCAUACUGUGUGCGGCGCUCCUGGGCUGCUGGAGAAGCGCACUGAGCAGCAGAUACUGUCCUGACCUGAUGAUUGACAGCUGUCACUGCACCUCCGAGAGAUCAAAGGAGUUUAAUAGACCGAGUGUGCGCGUGAAAGUUGUGUGUGACGAUGCGGACCUGAUGGAGACCAUGCAGCCCGGCUCUUUACCAAACACAACAGUGUCACUAAUCCUGAGCAACAAUAAGAUCUCCGUGCUGAAAAAUAAUUCUUUCCUCGGUCUGGGCGCUCUAGAGAGACUGGAUCUCAGAAGUAAUCUCAUUAGCAGAAUUGCCUCUGGUGCGUUUCAUGGUCUGUCUGCUCUGAAGAGAUUGGAUCUAUCCAACAACCGGAUUGGCUGUUUCUCUCCUGAUAUGUUUCUCGACCUCGGCCGCCUCUCCAAACUGAAUUUGUCUGGGAAUAUUUUCUCCACACUGCCGGAGGGGCUGUUCACACACUUACCUUCCCUGAGAGUUCUGCACUUUGACUCAGAGUAUCUGUUCUGUGAUUGUCAGCUGCAGUGGUUGUCGUUGUGGGUCAGAACUCACUCAUUGCGUUUAGGGAAUGAAACCGUGUGUGUGUAUCCGACGCGUCUGCACGGACUGGAGUUCCGCAGUCUUCAUGAACAGCAGCUCACCUGCGACGGCCCUCUGGAGCUCCCCGUCCUGCAGCUCAUCCCGACUCAGAGACAGCUGGUGUUCCGCGGCGACCGUUUGCCCCUUCAGUGCACGACCUCUUACCUCGACCCGUCUGUCAAACUCACCUGGAGUCACGAGCAGCGACCCGUACAAACGCUGGAGGAAAGAGGAGUGUAUGUUGAAGACAGCAUCAUUCACGACUGCUGCCUCAUUACCAGUGAGCUCAUCCUGUCCAACAUUGAUGUUGGUGUUUCCGGUAAUUGGCAGUGCCAUGUAUCCAGUUCCCGUGGAAACAGCUCAAUCGGGAUGGAAAUCAUGGUGUUGGACAUGUCUGCAUUGUACUGCUCUGCCGAAAGGGUCAGUGGCAACAAGGGGGACUACAGGUGGCCGAAGACGUUAGCUGGAUUCAUUGCAUUCCUGCCGUGCACAGUACCUAGCUCUAGCUCCGCCCCUCAGGAGAAAAGGGCAUGGCGCAGGUGUGACCGCACAGGCCGAUGGGUGGAGGAUGACUAUAACCAGUGCUCUUAUGCAAGCGAGUUUACUCGCAGCCUGCACGAACUCACACAGAUACCAGUGAACGUCUCUAACGCUCUGGUUUUGGCGCAGCAGCUCUCUUCUUUCACCAGCAGGGCGGCGCUCUUCGGAGACAUGAUGGAUGUCAUUUUCGUCACACACCUUGUAGAAAGAAUCACGCGGGUGGUAGAGCAUAUCAGAGAGUUGGGCGAUUACGUGUUUGACAUCGCGAGUAACAUGAUGCAGGUGGAGGAACACAUCCUCUGGAUGGCUCAGAACGAGGCUCGCGCAUGCACGCGUGUCGUCCAGUGUGUGGAACGCAUCGCAGAUCUUGCGCUCAACACAAACACACCUGACAUCUCCAAGGUCUCUCUUAACAUCGCUCUGGAGGCAUUUAUAAUCAGACGGGCCGGUGUAACUGGUUUAUUGUGUACUGUAAUGCAACGUGAGCCUCUAGCGCCCCCUGUGGCAGAUGCUGGACACAACGAGGGUGAUAGUGUUACCGGUACAGAGCAGAAAACCCUCCUGAACUUCAGAUGUCACACUGUGAAUGUCUCAGGGUCACCCAUGGGUCAGCUCAGCCAGAACACGGUGGCCAUCGCGUCUAUACAUUUGCCGCUGGCUGCUCCUCUAUCUGUGGAUAACUCCACCUGCAAGCUGCAGUUGAUCGUCUUCCGCAAUGGAAAGCUCUUUCCUUGCACGGGGAAUUCGUCAAAUCUUGCGGAUGAUGGAAAGCGCAGGAGCGUUUCGACACCAGUUGCGUUCACCAAAUUAGAUGGGUGUAGCCCCGGGAGCCCCGUGCAGCCGGUUACCGUCGCUCUCCGGCACUUCUCGCGGGGUGUAGACCCCACCGCAGCCUACUGGGAUUUUGAUCUGCUCGAUGGACACGGCGGCUGGCGGGCGGAAGGGUGCCACAUAACGGGCUCCGGACACAACACGACCACCAUCCACUGCGCGCACCACAACAACCUCGCCGUGCUCAUGGAUCUGAAGAAGGUGUUGUCGUUUCCUCCGUAUCCGGGCGAGUUCCUGCACCCGGUGGUGUAUGCCUGCACAGCCGUCAUGCUGCUCUGCCUGUUUGCCUCCAUCAUCACCUACAUAGUGCACCACAGCACGAUCCGGAUCAGUCGGAAGGGAUGGCACAUGCUGCUGAACUUCUGCUUUCAUACGGCGCUGACGUUUGCCGUGUUCGCCGGAGGCAUCAACCGAAUCAAAUACCCCAUCAUCUGCCAGGCCGUGGGCAUUGUGUUGCAUUACUCCUCUCUGUCCACAAUGCUCUGGUUGGGUGUAACAGCACGAAACAUCUACAAACAGGUGGCCAAGAAACCACAGCAGGACGCAGACCACACACCCCCCCACCCCGCCAGAUCACCCAUACUGAGGUUUUAUUUAGUCAGUGGAGGAGUGCCAUUCAUCAUCUGUGGCAUCACAGCUGCCAUCAACAUCGAGAACUACGGCAGUGGGGAGCAGACGCCAUUCUGUUGGAUGGCGUGGGAACCUAGUCUAGGUGCGUUCUACGGGCCUGUCGCCUUCAUCGGCCUGGUAACCUGCAUCUAUUUCCUGUGCACCUUCAUCCAGCUGCGCAAACACCCUGAGAGGAAGUAUGAGCUAAAGGUGAUGACCAAGGAGCAGCAGCGGCUUGCUGACAUUGCACACUGCCACCACCAGGGGGAUCCAAGCGGUGUAGGAGGUGAUAGCGGGCACUGCCAUGCAGGCUGCCCGGGACUGAUUAACCCCUCACUGCUGGCCAACGAGCACUCGUUCAAGGCUCAGCUGCGGACCGCCGUGUUUACACUGUUUUUGUUUAUAGCGACGUGGACGUUUGGCGCAUUGGCUGUAUCACAGGGUCACUUCCUGGAUAUGAUCUUUAGCUGCCUGUAUGGUGCAUUUUCCGUCACGCUCGGGUUGUUUUUUCUUAUCCACCAUUGCGCCAAACGCGAUGAUGUGUGGCACUGCUGGUGCACGUGCUGUCCUGGCCGUCGCCCCAAAGCCUGUCAGGGUCACGGACACGCCCACGGGCGACCCAAAGUCAUCGUGAACGGUGACACUCACAGUCACUGUCAUUUGGACAAAUCACAUCUGAGCCACUCGCACUGCCACGCCACCAGCUGCCUUUGUAAGCAGAGCGGGAAGAAUCAUGUGACCUGUCUGACGCCGGUUUCUCCAUGCUGCGCCGCCCUGCACACUCAACAGCUAUUGGAGGAUGAAACGACACCUCAUGUGCUGCUUCACACCGUUCCGGAGGGAAACAGACCAGUUGUCCCCCUGCACCGCUGCUUGAAGCCUGCCAGGACUAAGGUGAGGCGCCACCGGGCCGCGGCAGCAGGUGAACGGGAGCUAACCUUCCACAUCCCCUCCAGCGUGGACGGCGGAAGCGCGCACAGCUCACGCACAAACAGCCCUAAUAGCCUGCACGAGCCUCAGGCUCACAUAUGCCACCUGCCGCACGAAAGGCACCACGUUUGCCACCACGAGGCACCCGUUUGCCGCACUGCACUGUGCCAUCACCACAUGUGCUGCGCCAAGGACGAGCUUUUUUGCCAGCCCGAGACGGGCGAGAUCGGCACCUUUCUGUGCGGAUGUGGGAAGAUGGCCGAGGAUGAGCUAGUGUCGCCCCAUCACGCCCACAUUGAAAUGCAUGCCCGCAGACAGUCUUACCCCCAGAAUCUGCCCAAUCAGAAUGGCAUACUCCAAGGAAGUGUUCACGAGGGGCUGCUCUACCCUCCCGACAGAACAGGGAAUAUACGCACGGGACCCUGGCGGAACGAAACUACCGUGUAGUUUAAAUACUCUUCUCGUGAUACACCGAACUGCAAACUUUAGGAUUUACGAAAGGAACUUUUAAAGUUUUUUUAGUACCGUCAUUUGUUUAAUUCGCUCUUUUUUUGCAUUGUUCAUUGUACCGGAAGUUAACAGUGGCUCCUCAGAUGUUACAAAUGAAACGCAAAACCUGGUUUUACCUUUUCAGCAUCAGAAUUGAAGCACAUACACAACAUGGUUAAAAGUAUGUGGACAAACCCCUUCUAAUGUACACCCAGGAAUAAAAUAUACUUUCUCAGUCGUCUUGGUUCAGGAAGUAUUUUUUCCCAUUCAUUUCUUCCAUAGGGAUUUCAUAAAUAGUUUUGCGCCAUGAACCAAACCAAUCAGCUCUGAGGUGGACAUGUCAAAGUAACUCUAUGGCGAAAAUGAAUGGGAUUUUUUCCUUCCAAAACCAGACUUUUGCGCUCUAUUAUUGUAGAUAGUUUUGAAAUUAAAUGUUCAACAAGCACAUAUGGGUGUGGUCUUACAUUUGGCCAUGUAGCGUAUUUAUUGGCCACAUUCACACUGCAGCUGAAUAUGGUGUCACUUCACUUUAGAGUUUUUAAUCUUUGUCCUGUUCACACUGAGUUUAGUUAUUUACAGGAGCGACAACUGCAUUCGACAACACAAUUCACUCCAAAAAAAAAUCCUCGUUUACAGCUACGAGACGCCAAAACGUGGCUAUUGUUUGCGUACAGUUAAGCAGGUAAAUUGAUCAUUACAGGUAACAGUCAUCGCCAUAGUGUGAGUGUUUUUGCAAGAGAAUAUCGUAUGUUUGAGUGUAUGUACAUGCAAUCAAGUUUAUGUGACAAAAAUACGUUUUUUUAAAGAUUUUGCCAUAUAUUUAUUUUCAGACAUAUUUGACCAUCCCACAAAAGUCCAAAUCAUUUAAAAGUACUGAUAAAAACUCAUUAAAGGAAAGCUUACCAGCAAUUUUACCCCAUCCAUAGUCAAUCAACUAAACAUGCGUAAUAUAUACUGUGAAUACCGACUAGCGAAAUCUUAGUAAUACACAAAAAAGACCUGCUUCUGUCUGAAUUCUGUUCCACCUUUGAAAUGUGUGCGUAUACAAACAAGUUAUGUUCCAAAAUCUAGUGAGCUGCCUACUUAGACACCAUUUUAAGGCAUCAUAGGUGCUCUCCCAAUGCGAAGGCUUACAUUUAUUCAUUUAGCAGAUGCUUUUAUCUGAAAAAAAUGUUAUACACUGAAUGCACUGUAAGUUGCUUUGGAUAUAUGCAUAAAUGUAAAUGCAACAUGAGUAGCACUAUUUGUGUGUUGAGCGUUCCAGAUCAGUCACUUAUAAGGAUACAUAUUGUUUAGAAUGCUGUCUAUGUUGCUGCCUAUGUAAGCGGCGGUCAGCAAGGCAGCUCACUAGGUUUGGGAACAGAUUUAGAGUGUCUCUAGUUGUUCAGAUCUGUGCGGAUUCUUUACUGUUUCUAUGGUGAAUCGCUGUUCUGCCGUCAAGGAGACGUUUGUACAAGUACAUCAUUAUUGAGUCAUUUGAUACUAGAAGGAAAACUGAUAAUAAUUUGAUCAUUGUGAUUAAUCGGUGAGCAGCUGCUGUAGCAGACAGGUCUGUUUAACAUCACAUACUGCUGAUCACCAGGCUCACCAGGCUAAUCCUCGCUGAAUAAAACAACCGACUGUGAUCUGCUCUGAUGGUUCAUUCGUUAAUAUACAAAUGUAUCAUGUAUUUGAUCCGCUGGCAUGGAGUUCUUCAUGUCUGUGUAGUUGCUUCAUAUAUAGAAAGGUCAUAUAUGUCCUUAUAUGGAAAGGAGAUAGUUGUGAAUCUCAUGAAAAUUGUCCAGGUCUCAUUUCACCCCAAAAUCAUAAGGGGAAAAUUAUGAAUAUAAAUGAAUGCACUCAAAUAUGUGUGUAUAUUUUAUAUUUAUAUUGUAAAUAUUUUUUUAUAAUACACACACACAUAUAUAUAUACAUUAUGUGUUUAUAAUCUAAAAUUGUUUUAUAUUAUUAGUUAUAAUUAUACUAAAUUAAAUAUAUAUAUAUAUAUUUUAGAUAAAAAUUAUUUUCAGACAAUUUAGAAAAUAAUACUCUCAUUGCUAAAUAUUUUCAUUACUGUAAAAAGUGCAGUGUAAAAUUAUGAAUAAAUAAUGAUGUAAUAUUUAACUUGUUAAGAAGUUAUACAUCAUGGUAAUAUAUUUGUUAUACUACAAGCCUUUUGGUUAUGCUGAUAAAAAAAAAAAAACAUGGUAAUGAGAGUUUAAUGAGAAUCAUUAUUCAGAAUAAUAUCAGUUACAAAGAAAAACACUCACAUUACAGUAAUGAUAAUUUUUGGGGAAAUGUGCUUAAUUGUCAUGAAAGUAGUGUAAAAAGGCAGACAAUAUUUUUCUUUAAGGGAAGCAAGCUACUCAUCUUUCGGUAUAUAUAUAUAUAUAUAUAUAUAU